GUUUCCUUUUGCCGUGUUUUGGAUUGGAAGCUUGCAAAGGAAUUCACACUGGAUGAAAAUCAUUUCCUGAAGCUGGGUCUGUUCCAGGAACUGUAACCCAAAUGUUUCUCUGUCCGUGGAGGAGAUUUCACAUUUGAAGAAACUUCUACUGAAGCCAGUCGUGUCCCAUCACCAUGUUCUGGAAGUUUGAUUUGAACACAACGUCACACGUGGACAAGCUGCUGGACAAGGAGGAUGUGACCCUGGAGGAGCUGAUGGACGAGGAUGACGUCCUGCAGGAAUGCAAGGCCCAGAACCGGCGGCUGCUGGACUUCCUGUGCCAGCAGCACUGCAUGGAGCAGCUGGUCACCCUCAUCACCCACGAGCCCCCCGUGGACAUGGACGAGAAGGUCCGAUUCAAGUAUCCCAACACGGCCUGCGAGCUGCUGACCUCGGACGUGCCGCAGAUCAACGACAAACUGGGCGGGGACGAGUCCCUGCUCAACAUCCUCUACGACUUCCUGGACCACGAGCCCCCCCUGAACCCCCUCCUCGCCAGCUUCUUCAGCAAGACCAUCGGGAACCUCAUUGCACGGAAAACAGAACAGGUGAUCUCAUUUUUGAGGAAAAAGGACAAGUUCCUAAGCCUGGUGCUAAAGCACAUCGACACCUCUGCCAUGAUGGACCUGCUGCUGCGCCUCAUCAGCUGCGUGGAGCCCACGGCGCUGCGCCAGGACGUGCUCAACUGGCUGAAUGAAGCCAGGAUUAUCCAGAGACUCGUGGAGCUGAUCCAUUCGAGCCAGGAUGAGGAUAGGCAAUCCAAUGCUUCCCAGACCCUGUGUGACAUCAUCAGGCUGAGCAGAGACCAGAGCACUCAGCUUCAGGAUGUCCCGGAGCCAGAUCCACUUCUCACAGCACUGGAAUCGGUGGAAGGCCUGAUGGACUCGUACACUCAGGGAUUCGAGAGGUCUUACACUGUCAACAGCAGCAUCCUGCACGGCAUCGAGCCCCGGCUCAAGGACUUCCACCAGCUGCUGCUGCGCCCGCCCAAGAAACCGGCGAUCCUGACCACGCUGGGGGUGCUGGAGGAGCCGCUGGGGAACGCGCGGCUGCACGGCUCGCGGCUGAUCGCGGCGCUGCUGCACGCCAACACCCCCAGCAUCAACCAGGAGCUCUGCAGGCUCGGCACCAUGGACUUGUUACUUGAUUUAUUUUUUAAAUACACGUGGAAUAACUUUUUGCAUUUCCAAGUGGAGCUGUCCAUAGCAGCCAUCCUGUCCCACUCGGUGCACGAGGGGAAGCCCAGCCCGGGGGAGCCGGGCAGCAAAGAGGAGGCUCCGAGCGGGAGCGCGGCCCCGGAGCCCGCGGAGCCCGCGGAGCCCGCGGAGCCUGCGGAGCCCCCGGCCGGAGCCACCGAGAACGUCAUGGUCACCCACCUGUUCCAGAAGUGCUGCCUGGUGCAGAGGAUACUGGACGCCUGGGAAGCCAAUGACAAAAUCCAGGCAGAGGGCGGCAGGAGGAGAGGGAACAUGGGGCACCUGACCCGCAUCGCCAACGCCGUGGUGCACAACAUGGAGAAGGGCCCCAUGCAGGCCCAGAUCAGUGACUUCAUCAAAGAGCUGCCUGAGGACUGCAGGGGCAGGUGGGAGAGUUUCGUGGAGGAGACGCUGACGGAGACGAACCGGAGAAACACGGUGGAUUUGGUGAGCACCCACCACCUGCACUCCUCCAGCGAGGAUGAGGACAUUGAAAGUGCUUUUCCCAACGAGCUCACUCUCCAGCAGGCCUUCUCCGAGUACCAGAUCCAGCAGAUGACAGCCAAUUUCGUGGAUCAGUUUGGCUUCAACGACGAGGAGUUUGCAGACCAGGAUGACAACAUCAACGCUCCCUUUGACCGCAUCGCCGAGAUCAACUUCAACAUCGACGCUGACGACGACAGCCCCAACGCCUCCCUGUUCGAGGCCUGCUGCAACGAGCGCAUCCAGCAGUUCGACGACAACGAGGAGGAGGAGGAUAUCUGGGAGGAGAAGGACAUCUCCUACGCAACCCAGGUCAAGUCCAGGACACGGUUUGGAGCAUCACAGACGUCAGAGAGCUCCAAGAGUGACCUGGAGAACGGGGACCACGACGGCAGCGUGGACUCGGAGGAGGAGGAGGAGCGGCCACCGCCCUCCCCACACAAGGGCAGCACCCCGGAGCAGAAGGACUCGGACUCCUGCCAAGGGGCUGGCUGGACGGCCGUGUUCGAGCCCGCGGGCCCCACGCCGCCCGUGGCCAUGGACGUGGGCUCCAGCGUGUGGGACUCGGCCGCCCCGCAGAGCAGCGCCCCGGAGGAGAAGGGCUGGGCCAAGUUCACAGACUUCCAGCCUUUCUGCUGCUCCGAGACCAACCCUCGCUGCAGCUCCCCCGUGGGCACCGAGAGCAGCGGCACCGACGGGACCCCGGCGCAGGGCCAGGACAAGAACUCCAGCACUGCUGCCUCUCCCUGUGUGUGGAACGCGUGUGGGACACGGAAGGCGCCGCUGGUGGCCUUGGACAGCAGCUCCUCGGGCAGCUCCGAGAGCGACGACGACGACGACGACAAGGCCAAGGCUGGCACGGAAUCCACGGCCACGGCGCAGGAGCCCAGCAAGGACAGGGCAGCUCCCUCCAGCGGCUCUGACGGAAAGGCUCUGGAGACGCUUCCCGCGGCCGACGCCGGGACGGCCGCUGCCCCCCGAGGAGCCCGGAACAGCGCGGCCACGCACACGGACGGGCAUCAGAGAGUGGCCACUGCUGUCACAACUGCCACAGAAACGGCCACGAGAGACAGCGGCUCUGACGGAAAGGCUCUGGAGACGCUUCCCGCGGCCGACGCCGGGACGGCCGCUGCCCCCCGAGGAGCCCGGAACAGCGCGGCCACGCACACGGACGGGCAUCAGAGAGUGGCCACUGCUGUCACAACUGCCACAGAAACGGCCACGAGAGACAGGAGCGACGAGGCCUUGCCCUGUGCCGAAGCCACGUUGAACGGCCCCGCUUGA